CCCCCAGCCCGUGCCCCAAGUCCGGCGGGGGCCGCUCCGCAGGCAGGGGCGGCCGGCCCCCUCGCCCGGCUCCAGUCGCGGCGGACAAGGAGCCCGGGGGGCGGGCGGGCGCCAAGGGGCUGCUCAUCACCCUGCCCGACAUCGGGGAGGAGGCGGCGGCGGCAGAGGGCGACGAGGCGGCCGGCAUCCCGCGGCGCCCCGCGAAGGGACUGUCCAGAGGUUCCACAAGUCGGUGUAUCUCCGGAAAAAGUGGAGAGUCUCUUCCAUCAGUGUUUGCAAAAAAUGUGCAGGAAGCCAUCGACAGUUAUACUUGUGAAACGCUUUCAUCACUUUCAUCUAGUGGUUGUACAACACCCACAGAGUUGAAGAAUUCUUGGUCUGGAAUAAACAGCUAUACUACUGGUUUGUCUACUGAAAGAAGUUCGAUUUACUCCUGGAGGGAUGAUGAAUUUGAUAAAGCCAACACACAGAAAGUGCAUCAGUUAUUUUUGGAGAUUGAUGAAAUGCUGUUUGAAGGAAAAGUGACCACCCAAACAGAGAGCCUGCAGGUUGAAUGUGCCGAUUGGGUUGAACAAUUUCCUCACCUAAGGGUUCUAGGAAAGCAGCUCCUAGUGCCAAAGGAUGAAGGCUUUCAGCAUUUUCAGAGCAGAAAUGAUGCCUGUGUGGAUGUUAAGUGUCUUCCCGGCCUCUGUGAAUAUACUAGUAAUUCAAAAGAGCUCUGCAUUUCAGGCUCUAAACUGAUCCCAACAGCAUCUCCAAUACAUAAAUCACUGGAUUCAAGUUCCACUAGGAUUUCUGACUCAGCCAUGUAUUCCUUCCUGGAAGAAGAAAUCUACGAUAUGGAUGGAAAAAUAGAAGAAUAUCUUGCCUUUGACAGCAAGGAACUUGAUGAUGAGAGUUGGGAACAAAAGAAGAUAUGUCUCUCUGAGAAGAGGAGUAAGCGUGGCAUUCCCCCUGUUUCUCCCAAUGCCUGUAUCAAAGAUGCUGUGGCUUGUGAAGUAUUUGAUCAUGUCUGGAACAGUGUCAUUGGAAUAUUGGAGGAACUGAUUAAAAAAAAUUGGGAAAUUAGUAUCCCAGAGUGUGACAAAAAAUUGGAAAAACUGAAAACUGUUACAGUAAAAUUACCACAUUUGCCAGCCAUUCAUAUUAUAACAGAUACUGGGAGCAUUCCUCUUUCCAGAGGCUCUGAAGCACGAAGUGUAUCUUUUGGGCCUCAUUCUGUUUCAUCACAGGUUCAACGUUUCUCCAGUAACUUCUGUAGCGAUUUGAAUGGUGUGAUGACAAUUCAAGCAAAACCUCUCCAACAGAGACAUGUUGCCAGAGUAGAAAAAAUACAGAAUGAGCAAGAAGACAAACAGCAAAGCGCUGCCUCUAGUGCUCCAAAUUCAGCACAUACUAGGUUGGGGAGAAUUUCUGAUAAUAGUGUUCUGUCGUCAUCUCGGGCACUGCUGGCAUCUUCUAGGAAACAACCAAACCAUCGGAGGUUACCUUCUCUCACAUCUGACCAACUCUGCUCAAAAGUUCCUAAUACAUACAGUGAGGAAAUUCUAAGAGGGACGAAAUUGGUUGCCAGCUCAGAUCGUUUGUCUUCUGCUCGAGCACCUGCAACCCGGAACAAGUUACCACCUAUAAAUUCUGAGGCUGUUGAACAAUAUCUUUCAGUACCUCGACUGCAACAGAACUCUCAUCAAGGACGAUAUGCUCUUAGCAGAGUGUCAAGUGCAGUGCCUGGCAGGACAGAGCAACCGCCACUCAGAGAAAGAACUGUUACUGUUAAUCAAUUUUCAAGGCCCAACACAACUCAUACAUUCAGGAGAGACACAUCUCAGAAGAGAUCACUGACUCCCAUGGAUAUUGCUAACCACAGAGGGAUGGAUCAAGGAUUUUUGAUAACAGUGUUUUAUAUUUUCCAGGCUCACAGCAUCACUACAGAUCUGUUCAGAGAAAUCCUUCAACCUCAAAAAAGAGAUUUCAGAUUGCUUCUUAACCCAUUCUAGGAAGAAACAGAAGCCCUCUGCGCUGAAUGACUGAGCGAAGCACUAAAUUUGCCUCCUAGUAUCUUUGUGUAAUAAAGAAGGUGUGCAGUAUGCUGGUGUUUACUGAGCCUUGCUAUCUUCAGGAUGCCUGCAUUGCCUUCUUUUAAAAUUGUCUGACCAGAGGUUAGAUUAAAAAAUAGAGCAAAA